GGCUCGUUCCUAUUAAGGCUCCGCUGAUCCCGACCCGACGCUUCCCGGCCCGUCCGCUCAGGGACCAGAACCGGACCCACAACCGGACCCACCCCCAGCAUGAGCCCGGCCCGGAGCCCGCUGCUACCGCUGCUGCUGCUGUGGGGCUGCGCCAUGGGGCAGAGCGACCCGCCUCCCGCCCCUAACGCCACGAGGCCCGUGUUCCUGUGUGGUGGGGAUCACGUGGGCGACUCGGGGUAUAUCGCCAGCGAGGGGUUCCCCAACCACUACCCGCCCGGCAAGACCUGCACCUGGACCAUCACGGUGCCCGAGGGCCAGGUGGUGAUUCUCUCCUUCCGCGUCUUCGACCUGGAGCCGGACCCCAGCUGCCGCUACGACUCGCUGGAGGUUUUCAAUGGGCACUCGGACAGUGCCCAGCGCCUGGGGCGCUUCUGCGGCACCUUCCGGCCCGGGGCCCUGCUCUCCACCGGCAACCGCAUGCUGCUGCGCAUGGUGACGGACGAGGGCACCGGGGGCCGCGGCUUCCUGGUCUGGUUCAGCGCCGGCCUCCCCCAUGUCAACGGCCGGCCGCGCGGAAGGCCGAAGUGGGGCGCUAACCAUAUAGACUCCCGGUUGGCCGGGGAGCCCUGGCACUAUUGGGAUGAGCAUCAGUUCUGUGGGGGGAAGCUGGAGAAGCCCCAGGGCAGCCUCAAGACCCCGAACUGGCCCGAGAGCAACUACCCGGCCGGGAUCAGCUGCUCCUGGCACAUCAUAGCGCCCGUGGGCCAGGUGGUGGAACUGACCUUCGGGAAGUUCGACGUGGAGGACGACACCUACUGUCGCUACGACUACGUGGCCAUUUUCAACGGGGGGGCCACUGACGACUCCCGGCGCAUCGGCAAGUUCUGCGGGGACCGUGCCCCCGGCCCUAUCUACUCGGAAGGCAGCGAGCUGCUGGUUCAGUUCGUGUCGGAUCUCAGCGUCACGGCCGACGGCUUCGCCGCCUCCUACGCCAUCAAGAGCCCCUCGGAGGCGACCGAUAAGGCCACGAAACCAGCCCCCGGGAUCUUCCCCGGCUCCAAACCGGGCCAGGCCGGCACCAAGCCCUCCGGGAAACCGAAACCGGCGCCCGAACCCAAACCCACCGUCCGGGCCCCGCCCACAGCCGAGCCACCCAGCGCCCAGACGCCGGCCAAGGUUGAGUGCCCCCAGAAAUGCCGCCGGUCGGGAAGUCUGCAGACCCACUUCUGUGCCAACGACUUUGUUAUCACCGGCACCGUGAAAACCGCCGUGCGAGGGGCCGGCGACCGGGUCACAGCCACUGUCUCGCUCCUCAACACCUACAAGACCGGAGCCCUCAGCCUGCCCCAGGCCGAGAAAGGGGCCACCCUACGCCUGGAGGUCCCCUGCCGCCAGUGCCCCACCCUGAAGAAAGGUUCCAGCUACAUCUUCAUGGGCCGGGUGGACGCCGAGGGGGUUGGCAAAUUGUCCCCCAAGAGCUUCGUGGUCCCGUAUCGGCAGCAGCAGCACCAGAUCCUCACCACUCUCAGCAAGCGGCCGUGCGGGGGGGCGCCGAAGAAGAACGCUUGAGCCCAGGGGUGUGUGUGGGGGGGUGUCCUGUCGCACCCCUCCCCCCCACCACCCGCCCCAGCCCCCCCGAAGCCGGCUCCAUGUAUCCAAUAAAGGAGCAAACCGGCCA